CAACACCUUGCAUAUAUGUCAUAGAUCGCUCUGAUGGCGAUCAUCCACUAUCUAACACUGCUCACAAGCACUGUCGUUCGUCUUACCCAAAUCAUCUCAGUGCUGAUCACCUCAUUGCUAGAGCGUCAAGGAUGACUUGAUGUCUCGCUCGGGAUGGUAAUUACAGUCAACGUGCCAACCAUAGUGAUCUACCAGAUCUAGGGCCUGUUUUCUUGCAUAAAAGGUGGUAUAAUGACUUGUGUGAACGCCGAGUCACCAGUUAGCCCAACUCGUGGCUGGUCCACAAAUCCAAUUUGGGAAGCAGUCCUCCGUAUUCUGCCCUCCUUGAAGCCACCUGUGAACGGCUGUUCCGAUCCAGUUGUCCUAGAUCAACCUUGGAUCGACAUGUUGCAUCACAUAGAGGCAUUACAGCGAGUCACAAGCCAUGAAGCUAGUGAACCAAUAAACCUUCACCCAAUAGACGGCCUUCCUGAUCUCAGUGGACAGAUCAGGGACAAGGGUGCCUUCCCUGACAGCAUUGGCGGAUUCAGCGAUGUAUGGAAAUGUACAUGGAUUGGGAAGAAUAUGAAUCUAAAGAAGAGUAGGCGAUUGUGCAAGGAGGCAAAGAUAUGGGCCACCCUGGAAGAUGCACACAUUUUGCCGCUCAUCGGACUUACAUGGGGGUUUGGUCCUCUUCCAGCCCUAGUUUGUCCAUGGGUUGAGAACGGUUCACUGCAAUCUUAUCUGGAAUUGAAGAAUAGGGAUCUCUCUUUGGAGUGGAGAUUCCACAUUCUCCUAGGAUUGGUAUCAGCGAUCUCAUAUCUUCAUUCGAAGGACGUCGUACAUGGUGACAUCACAGGAUCGAACAUACUGAUUAACGGACGAGGGGAGCCACUUUUAUCAGAUUUUGGCCUCUCCUCUCUGGACGUGGAGCUCACGGGAAAUUCAUACUUCACAUCCUGCAAACCAGGGAAUGUACGAUGGGCUGCGCCAGAAUUGUUGAUUCCCCUGCAAGACGGAUCUCCGUGCCGUGCGUGUGUAAAGAGCGAUAUUUACUCUGUGGGCUGCGUGAUGCUGCAGGUACUUUCUGGCCGCGUGCCCUACGAUAUUUGGACCGAUUUUAUGGUCAUCAACGCGAAGUUCAACGGCAAGGAACCUCUACGAAUUCUCGAACCUCCCAUUGAUGACCGUCAUUGGGAAUUCAUGAGGCGCUGCUGGCGUAAGAAGCAAGAACGAUCUGUAACAGUCAAGGAUAUAGCCGACUUCAUCAGAAGGGAACUGGAUGAUUCACGGAAGUUUGGAAGGUUAUAACUUGAAGUGGUUGCCUAGUACAUAUACUGAGUAUUCUUUACUGCAUUUGAC